UUCAUCUCAGUAUUUUACAUGUUCACAGAUAUUUCGUAGUAGUGUACGCUUGAUAUACACUGCCAGGUUAUUGAGAUAUGAAGAGACCAAUCAAACACUGACAUUCAAUAGUAAAAAUACUGGCAAUUGAAUUAAAUAUUUGUGUUCGUGACACUGCUGGAAUGGCAACUGCAAGAACAGAGUACUAUAACAGAAUAGAUCUUAUUACGGUACGUGUAGGUACGGCAGUUGUGAAAAAACUAUUUGAAAAACGCGUUGAUGACCUUAAGCCAGAAAACAGAGACAUUAAUACAUGGAAUGUUGACGCCUUCAUGGAGGUUAACCGAAGAUGCAUACUUCAAAAACGCCCAUCUGAAACAAAGAAAUUUCACCUCUACCCUAAACAACCAAAGCAAAGAGAUUACACAACGUGGGACAGUCUCACCUUUAUAUAUGUAUUGAUUGGCGUUUGUAAACUUGAUGAGCGAACACGUGGUAAUCUCCAUAAACUUCGGGAUAUUCGGAACCGCGUGCAUCAUCUAAAUGAACCAGUUAUGAAACUAGAGGACUACCAGGAAAUACUCAAACAUCUUAAAGAGAUACUCGAAUCAUGUUUCACAGCGAUUAAUGCUGAUAAUUUCAAAACAGCGAUAAUGAACGAGUUUUACGAGCUUGAACAUGGAACUUUGUCUGUUAGUGAUUUGACGAAAUUCUAUCAUGAAAGGACAGAACAACAUAAAAAGCAAAUGGAGUCAAUUAUGACAAAACAAUCGAACGAUAUUCGAAAGAUUGGGAAGCAACUUGAUGAGCUGCUAAAAAGAAAAAAUCAAAAAGAAGUAAAUUUUCCGCCUGAAAGAGAGGGGACAGACCAAACAACAGACGAUAUUAAUGAACAGUUCGAUGACCCAUCAUUAAGCCCAAGACAUUCAGAGGCCACUGAAAGUAGCAUACAACAGCAGUCAGUCGGUGACAGUCUGCCCCUAUACUCAGGAGACCAGGGAAAUGACCAGCAGUGUCGUGAAUGCGGAGAGGAUACAUUUAUAAUACAAGACCUGCGGAUAUCUUGUGAUGACGAAUCAUGCAGUUACUGGUUGCAUGCAACAUGCCUUCUGGGACCGUCACACAAGAUAACAGAAGACUUUGUUAAGAAUUUACCUUUUUUGUGUAAAAGCCACCGAAAAUAAAAUAAAAAUGUUAUUAUGCGCAUUGUAUUACACAAAAUGUUCCUUUAACUUCUUGUAAGCGCUGUGUUAGCUCUUUAAAGAAAGUAAUGAAUAUAGGUUAUAUAUAGUGGACAAAAUGAUAUAAAUAUGGUAUCAUAAAGUAUUGAAUGCCGGAGAAGCAUACCGCAUAUGUAAAUGUUUCUUACAAUGGAAGAUGUAAUUUGUACAGUGUGUAUUUCUUUCAGAAUUUAAUGUGUGUAAAGGUAUGGGUCCAUUAACAAUUUGCGUUUUUAAAAUUUCGGCAAUUUACAUUAAAAAUGAUGUAAUGUUUUAUUUUUACGCAAUAUAUGGAGACGUCCAACUGAUGUUUACAUGACAAAUGUUAGAACAAAAAAUCGUCAUUUCUGUAAAUAAGUAACAUGAAAAAAAAAAACUUGUUGUAUUUACGAAUAAAUAUCUUACGAGAGUUA